AUGCAAAAAUAAAGCAGAUAAAAUACUUAGACAGCAUUUUAUUCUCCUUAACCUGGAAUAAGUUCGCCCCAACCUUUGAGAUAGAUUAUAUCUCCAGGGAUUUAUGGUCCUCGCAAUUCGUAAAAUUUUCUUAUUGAUUCAUAUACUACGAAGCACCAAGAUUAGGAUUCUGAUAGGCUGUUAGGCUCAUCUCUUAGAUUUAAUAUGCUGAAAGAUAGUCAUUAGUAAAUCGAGAAGGAAAUAUCAGUGCUUAAAUCGAAUCUACUUUAGAGUAGGAUGAGUGGUGAUAACUUUUAAUUUUCAACACAGCCUUUGGACAAAUUGUUAAAACGCAUGGAUGACAAGGGCACUCGCAAAACUGAAUAAAUAAGGUAUGACCCACCUUUGACGUAUAGGGCGGAUGAUUUGCUGACUGAAAUUCUUUAAGAGCUGUCAAUCAUAUCAAUUAAUGCCAAGAAAUUAAUAAAUUAGCGAUCUUCACAAAAACUAUAAAUGCAGGUACUCAAAGAUAUCAGAGAGAUUAUUAUGGGAUGGAACAAUAUGCACAACAUAAUCAAUCAAAUUUGUUAAGCGGCACAAAUUUCUAUUCAUCAACUCAACAAUACAAACAUCAAUCAAUUAUUCAAGAAGGAUGAACUCAAUAAACUCUACUCAUUGGUUGAGAAACAUCAAAACAGUUAUCCUCAAUCUUUUGAAUAGCUGUAUUAAAUAAUUGCUAGCAGUCUCUAGAGCAGAGAGUAAGAUCAUAAUAAAAUUAUUGAAAUCAAUACUCAAUUACGUUAGUAAGAAAUUUAGAAUAAAGACUUGAAUAUAAAAAAUAAAAACUUAUUUGCAGUAAUCACUAAGUUAGAGGCUAAAGUAAAUAAACUGUAAAAUAAAAAACAAUAAUUAGAAUUUUCAAAUAAGUAAUUUUCUAAUUAAUUGUAAAAUUCUCAAAGGCCUCAAGAUGUUUAUUCAGAUAAUGAUAGAUUUAAACAAAAGAAUCCUAUGGUGGAAUCACAAUCAAGUCUUGACUCUAAGAGCAAUCAGAAUAAAUUAAUAGAAAUUUAGAUGAACUAAUUUUAAGAACUUUUGGUAGAAAAGGACAACGAAAUAAUGAAUUUAAAAUAACAAAUUGAGGAAUAAAACGAAAUUAUAUAGAAUCAGUUAAAAAAAGUUAAAUAAUUCGAAAACGAAAAUAAAUUACUUAAACUCCAAUUCUCCAAAGCUGUUGAAAACUAAAAGCAAUGUAACUAUAUUCUAAUUAGUUAGUACAGAAAUAAAAAACUGAAGUAAAUUCUGAGUAUAAAAAUUAUAAAGAUGAUUCAAGUUAAAAGUUGAAAUCCCUAAGUUAAGAAAUAGUUGAUCUCAAAUAAAAACAGAAUAUGUAUUUAUAAUUUUCUAUCCUCUACUUAGACACAGCUCUAGAGAUUAUACCUCUGAAGUCGAACAACUCAAUUAAUAAAUAUCCAAACUCAAGGCUGAAAAGGAGGAGAAAGAAAGAGAAAAUGGAUAGAAUCAACUAAAAUUACAGGAUAUAAAAUAAAAAUACAAUGAUCUAAAGCAAUCUUACUAAGAACUCUUUGACUAAUAUUAGCGAGAUCAAUUGAUGAAUAAAUAAAUUGUUCAAUCCCUAUAGACACAAAAAGAGGACUUCGAAAAUAGAAAUUCAGAACAAUAAAUACUCUUCCAAUUAGAUCUUGCAUCUUAAUAAGAAUUAGAAACCUAACAGCAAUUGAUUAAACAAUUGGAGAACGAUUUAUAAUAAGCUUAAAUCGCAUACAAGUAAUAGGAAGUUAAAUUGUUAAAUUAUGAGGAAGAAAUAAACAAUCUAAAGAAUUAAAUCAAAAGGCUUGAGCAGGAACACACAGAAUAGCUUCAUAUUUUGGAUAACACAAUACAAAGUAAGGAUUAAAUAAUCUAAUAAUAUGAAAGUAAUAGUAGGAUAUUGAAUGACACUCCUGAACAACUCAGAAGCAAAAGUGUAGAGUAGACAACUAUUUAAGGUCAUUUGAAAUCAUAGAUUGAUUCUUUGAAUAAGAGUUUGUCUAAUUUUGAGUAAUAGAUAAGAGAUUUAACAAAGGUUAACAAUGAGUAAUAAGAUUAAAUUACUAGUAAGGAUAAGAUGUUAAAAAAUAAGACUUAAGAAAUUACAUAAUUGUAAUAAUAGGUAAAGGAUCUUCAAGGGUUGAAUUAAAAGAUAUAAGUUCAGGAAAGGGCAAUCCAUCACCAUGAGAAACAAGUAUCUACUCUUAAUUAGACCAUUUCAAAGUUAUAGGAAUCUUUGAAUUUCAAGGAUUAAAUCAUAUAAGGGAAGUAACAUGAAAUAGAAAUGUUAUAGAAUUAGAAGAAAGAUCAUGUAUAGUAGUAAAAGCAGUAAAGCCUUUUAUUUGAAUAAUAACAUCAAAAAUUGAAGCUUGAAAAUUAAGAAUUGUAGAAUAAGUUAAAAAAAUUAGAAGAAUAAAUGGUGUUAAAAUAAAAAGAGGAAGUAGCUAUUACUGAUUAACAAGGAAUUUAUUAAAAUCAAAUUUACUAAUUGGAAUUGUCGAUAAAAAAAAUGAAGUAAGAUUUUGAGGAUGAAAAAAAGUAAUAAGUUGAUAAAAUACAACGAUUGACAUUGGAAUUAGAGGAAACUGAGAAAUUGUAAAUUUUGUUGAAUCAAAAAUAAAUAUUGCUUGAAAAUACUUAAAAUAGAGCCAAUGAUGUAGAAUCUGAAUUAAGUUCUGCCCAAGAUUUAAUUUAAUAACUGGAGACCAGAAUUUCAGAUUUGCAGAGAGAAAUUUAAAUAGAAAGAUAGAACUUUUUAAAGGAAAAUCAAUUAAAAAUUGAAGAGUUAAACUCACAACAUUAAGAAAAUGAAGAGCUUAUGACAAUAAAUUAAGAUCUGACUUAAAAGAAUAUUUAACUAUCAGAUUAAAUUGACAAAUUAUAAUAAAAUUAAAGUGAUAACUAAUCACGUCUUCAAUAAGAAAUUGAAAUUCUUAAAACUGCAGAAAAUCACAAUAGAGAAAUUCUUAAGAAACAAGAAUUAUAAAUUUAGGAAUUGAAUUCUUAAAUAUAAUAAUAAAUUUAAUCAUAGGAUCUAGCCAAUAAAGAGAAGAUCAAGCUCUCAUAAAUGUUGAAUGAAUAGUUGAAUUCAAUAACAGAUUUGAAUAAACAACUAGCAAUUACUAAUAUCAAAAAUGAUUAGCAACUUGAAGAAACUAAGGCAUAAUUUAGUUCAGAAUUGGUUGUAAGAGAAACAGAACUAAUUAAGAAUGUGAUUUAGUAAUCUUCAGAAACUCAGAAGUUACUGACUUAGAUAGGUAAUUUAAUAGAAUAAUCAGAUAAAUUCAAAUAAACUAUUGAAAAACUGGAGUUGAAACUUGGAGAAUCAGAAUAAAAAUAUUAAAUUCUUUCUGAAUAAUAAAAGGCUUAGGAUAUAUAAUCAUUAUAACAAUUUUAAAAUUAGAUUGAAUAAUUAAAUUAAUUGUCUUAGCAACAAGAAUUCAAAAUAUCAAAUCUAUCAAAUGAACUUAAUGAAAAAUCACUAGAUUUAUAGACUUAGCUUCUACAUAAUCAAAUUAAAGAAUAAGAUCUAAAUAAUUAGCAAGUGUAGAUAAAUAAUUUGAAUAAGUAGAUAACAAAUUUUGAAAAUUUGAAUAAUGAGUUAAAAUAAUAAAUUUAGAGUUUGGAUUAAAGAGUAUAAAAUGAUCAGCAUUAGAUAUAGAAUUUAGAAUAAAUAAUAAAUGAAUAGGAAUAAAAGAAAUAGUUGCAAGAAUCCAAGAUUAAUGAAAUACAAUCAUUAUUGAAUAAAGAAUAGGAAAGAUGUUCCAAAUUAAGAGAUGAUUUGACAGAAAGAUCCAAUCUAAUUGAUUAAUAGGUGAAUGAAAUUAAAUAAAUGAAAAUUGAGAAUAAUCGUUUAAAUGAUCUCAAACUUGAGUUAGAGAAGAAUUUAGAGGCUAAAGAAAUUAUAAUAACAAAUAAUACUGAUAUUAUUAAUGAUUUAGAUUAAACGAUUAAAAAAAAAAACUUAGAAUUAAAUGAAAAGGAAAAUAAGCUUUUGUAACAAAGUAAGGAGAUGGAAAAAAUAAACAAUAAGAUACAAUAAUUGCAAUCACAAAAUACUAUGCUUGAGAGUUAAAUUCAAGAAAAGACAUAGAGCGUUUAGUAAAUUUAACAAGAAUUAAGUACUUUGCAACAUUCACAUCACGAAUUAGAGUAAAAUAAUAAGAAAUUUUAAUUGUAAAUUAAUCAAGAUGCACAGAACUACAGUUAAUUAAAUCAGAAAUAUCAUGAAUCUUAAGAGAGAAUAACUACUUUGAAUAACGAGAUACUAGAAUUGAAAAAAAACAAUAAAGAAUUAGUUGAAAAUCAAGUUUAAAUCACGAAUAAAAAUGAAGCAAAUUAAGCAUAAAAUAAACUUAUAGCAUCUUUAUAAGAGUAGAUAAAUCAUCUAGAAUAGAAAAUAUAAUAACUAGAAAGUGAUCUGAAAGUGAAGGAAGAUCAAAUGACACAUUCUAUAUAAGAAAGUUAAGCCUAAGAAUAAAAGUUGUUGUAAUAAAAUAAUUAACUGAGUUAAGAUCAUGAUGAGUUGAUGGCAUAAUAAAAGACAGACUACGAGAAAAUUAAAGAACAGAAUAAUCAAUUAUCUUUAUCGGCUAAUUCUUAAUAGUUAGAGAUAUAACAAUUAAAAUUAGAAUUAUAAUAAGAAAUUGAAAGUAAAUCAGAAUUGAAUACGAAAAAAAUAGAGCUAGAUAAUAAGGUAGCACUUUUGAAUGAAAAUUUAGCAUAAAAAGAAUAAUCACAAUAGCAAUUAGAUUAAUAAUUAAAGGACUCAGAAGCCCUGCUAUCAAAAGAACAAAAAAGGUUGAAUAUUUAAAUUGAAAAUUUAAAUUCAUAAAUUUCGGCUUUGAGGAAGCAACUAGAGCAAUAGAAGGAAACCUUAGUUUAGAAAGAGAUAGAUAUAGCCGGUUAUAGUAAGAGGGAAAAUGAAGCCAUGAAAUUGUUCGCAGAUAAAGAUGGUGAAAUUUUAGCAUUGUAAAAUGAAAUUGAGGCCUUAAAAGACUAGGAGAACAGUAUUUAAAGUCGAAAGGAUAAUGAAGGAAUUAAACAUCUAUCAUAAAAGGAUACGGAGAUUUAGAAUUUAAAAAGUGAACUUGAAAAUAUGAGAAAUCAAAAUUCUAUAAGAGAAAAUGAGCACUUCAAAUUAAUUGAAGAAAAAAAUCAAGAAAUAUCAUAGUUAAAGAGUUAAAAUUCUGUUUUAACGAAUGCAGUUGAAACAAAAUAAAUUGAGAUUACUAAAUUAUAGACUGAUUCAAAUCAAAGUUAAUUCGUAUUAAAUGAAAUAAAGGCAUUAUUUAAUUAAGAUAAUAUAUUAGACUAUUUAAGAUAAUUUAAAUCUCAACAUGAGAAGUAAUGUGAGAGAAAGUUUACUUAUUAUUAAUGUUUAUAGUCUUUAAUGGAUGAGUAUCUAAGAAAUUAAUAGGCUGUAUUUUAUGCUUAGAAUUAUGUAAUAAAUUGACAUCAUUUUUAGCUUAAAUUAUCCCAAUAGGAGCAGAACAGUUUGUUGGCAUACCAAAAGGAUAUUUAAUUAAUGAAGGCUAAGUUGCCAAUAAAAACAGCUUUGAGUAAUAUCAAAGAAGAGAAAAAUGAAGAUUUAAGUUUUUCAUCGAAUGAACAUUAGGUGGAAAUCAAUGAGAAUGACAUCAGUGGGUUUAUUGGUGAUAUUGAUAUAUCUGCUAUUGUGAAUAACGAUAAAAAUAAGAAAGAAGUAAGUGACAUUAAUUAUUCUUUAGAAUUCAACUUCAAAUAAGUAAUAACUUUCACAUACUGAAGAAGUUAAUAUUUUGAAAUCAAAAUUAGAGGCAGCCAAUGAUGAAAAUGUGAAAAUUAUUGCCAAGUUUUAAACUUUGUUAGAAAGAAUAGCUGCAAAGGAAGAAUAGAUGUUGCAAUUAAAUAAUUUGGCCAGAGAUGUAAUUAUUAAGAUGUAUCAUAGUACAAACAUAAGAUGAUGGCUAUGCAAAAGACUGCUGUUGAUCCUCAAGCUAUUCAUGCUAAGGCUCAUUUACGAGAUUGUUUGAAGAAGUUUUUAACAGCUUGUGGGCCCAAAAACUUAAAUUAUGAUUUAGCAGAGGCCAUACUUAAUACAUUGUUUUAAUUUUUGGAAUUCUCAGAAAAAGAAAAGGAAGAAAUUCUGGAUGAAUUAGCAGUAAAACCUGCUGAUAAAAAGAAGGGGAUUGUUUAGAUAUUGUUUAAGAAAUGA